CUCACCUGAGCGUCCGGGUCUGAGCGCGCACGGCCCGCGUGUCCUCCGCCCGCCCGCCCGCCCGCCCGGCCCGUGACCCAUGUCCCGCCGCAAGGCCGGCUGCACGCCCCGCCGAGUGGACCCCGCGCCCGCCGCCACCCCAGACGACGAGAUGGAGAUGCCGGACCUCAUCAUCGAAGUGAAGCCCGAGCCAGACGCGCGGCCCCUACAGGCCCCGGGGCUGGCGCCCGUCUCCCCGGAGGAAGUGCCCGCACCGGGGCGCUUCGAGGGCGAACCCCGCCACUCCCCCGGCCCCGUGCCCGCCGGGGGCCCCCUCCACGCCCUCGGCGCGCGGAACCCGUGGGCCCUGUGGACGCCGCUGAUCCCGAACCCGCACGACCGCCAGCCCUGGACCGACAAACACCCAGAUCUGUUGACCUGCGGCCGCUGCCUGCAGACCUUCCCGUUGGAGGCCAUCACCGCUUUCAUGGACCACAAGAAGCUGGGCUGUCAGCUCAUCAGAGGCCCCAGCCCCCGCCAGGGCUCAGGAGGCAAGGACCUGAAGGCCUUGAGCUGCCUCCGCUGCGGCAGACAGUUCACGGAGGCCUGGAAGCUGCUACGCCACGCCCAGUGGGACCACGGACUGUCCAUCUACCAGACGGAGCCCGAGUCCCCGGAGGCCCCGCUGCUGGGCCUGGCCGAGGUGGCAGCGGCCGUGUCGGCAGUGAUGGGGCCAGAAGCCGAGGCCAAGGGCCCCCGCGUGAGCAGCCUUGCCCGGCGGAGCCCCACCUGCCCCGUGUGCACCAAGACCCUCAGCUCCUUCAGCAACCUCAAGGUGCACAUGCGCUCGCACACGGGCGAGCGGCCCUACGCCUGCGACCAGUGCCCCUACGCCUGCGCCCAGAGCAGCAAGCUCAACCGCCACAAGAAGACCCACCGGCAGCUGCAGCCCCAGAGCCCCUGCAGGGCCGAGGGCAGCGACGAACAGGCCUCCGCCGCCCCUCCGGAGCCCGCCGUCCACGCGGCCGCCCCGGCCAGCACUCUCCCGUGCAGCGGUGGGGAGGGGGCUGGGGCCGCCGCCACGGCAGGUGUCCAGGAGCCUGGGGCUCCCGGCGGCGGGGCUCAGGCGGGCCCUGGCGGGGAUGGUUGGGGAGCUGCCACCAAAGAACAGAGAACUGACCCCGCCAAGAGCCAGAAGACAUCACCCAAGAAGGAGUCAAAGCCGGUGGGCAAGAGCCGCGGGCCGGGGGGCAGCUGCGAGUUCUGCGGGAAGCACUUCACCAACAGCAGCAACCUCACGGUGCACCGGCGCUCGCACACGGGCGAGCGGCCCUACGCUUGCCAGCUCUGCCCCUACGCCUGCGCCCAGAGCAGCAAGCUCAACCGCCACCUGCGCAUGCACGGCCUGGGGCCCGGCGGCACCCGCUUCGAGUGCCCCCACUGCUGUGUGCCCUUUGGCCUGCGCGCCACCCUGGACAAACACCUGCAGCAGAAGCACCCCGAGGUGGCCGGGGAGGCCUGAGCAGCAGCAAUGCCCUCUGCUGCCCCUGCGACUGUCACUUCUGUUGACUGCCUUGUUCUUCUCUCUGCUUGAAGUAAAGUCUCCCUCCCUCCCCCUAGUCA